UUGUGAGUACUCCCAUGCCGCUGAUUGCUAUACUUUGUCCGAGAAUGUUCACAUCGUUCGCUUGAUCGAAAGUGUUCUGGUUCCGCUGCCAAACAUUUGGCUAAGUCCGAUCCUGGGUCUAACUACCUGUUCUCUCUCAACUGCGUUCAUCAGGCUUAGUUCGUUUGCUCUCAGCUCGCUGCAAUUAGUCAGAAACAUACGGUAGGCUUUGGUGAACAAUUUUGGAGAUUUGAACGAAAAUAAUCCAAGAUGAAGUGAUGUGAUAUUUUGAAACCUAAUCUAAUACUAAAUAAGAGUGUUUAUGUGAAACAGAACUGUACGUUGCCAUGCUGAAAAUGCUACAAAAUUGUUUUUAUAACAUACCCAUUAUUUAAAGGUUGAUCCCAGUAGAAUGGAAAAUAAGAAAGGGAUCUUCCAAAAUCAACACAAUAACCUGCCUCAAAAUAACGAAGCAUCCAAAGUAGAAACAUUUGUAAAACACCCGCAUCACCAGAACUCAUCAGAUCACUUACAGAGAAAUGUUCAGUACGGUCUAAAACAACCCAGUUACGUUGUUCAACAGAUAAAUCCAAAUUUUCAAAAUCUUCAGUAUGAAAACCAAUACAAGGUUUAUCAAGCUCCUGAAAAUUUUAAGAACACUAACGUAGCUCCUCAAACUUUUCACGUUCAGAAUUAUAACCAAUACGAUAAAAGCGCUCAACUUCAACUACAUAGACCUACACAUGUUCCCCCUCAAUCUAGUCUUUCAAACAAUAUAAUAGUUCAGAAUACGCCAAAAAUUUGUAUAAUUCAACAACCAAUCAAUAUCCCUUAUCAACCUCAACCAGCUCAAAAAUCCGAUUAUCAAAAAGUUAACUCUCCUUCUACUCCGCAAAAUCAAGCAAAAUCUAAUCCCGAUAGGAAAAAAGCUGUUGGGUCUUCUCCUCAACUAAAAUCUCCUUCGGCCAAACGUCCACCAGAAGCUCCUGUAACAAAACAAGGAUGGUUACAUAAACAAGGAUCUGAAGGAUUAAUGUUAUGGAAGAAGAGAUGGUUUGUACUCGUGGAAUAUUGUCUAUUUUAUUAUAAAGGUCCUGAAGAAGAAAAGCUACUAGGGUCAAUUUUAUUGCCUUCAUAUAAAGUGUCAAUUUGUAAACCAGAAGAAAAAGUUAGCAAAAAGUACGCUUUUAAAUGCGAACACGCUAAUAUGCGAACAUAUAUUUUAGCUACAGAUUCACAGGAACAAAUGAUGCACUGGGUGCAGGUCUUGAAUUUGGCCACCCUAAUGCAGAAAAAUGCCGAAUUUCCUAAGCUAUCAAGCGGUUACAACAUCUCACACCAACAGCAAAUGCUCGAUAGUUAUGAAUCUAGUGAACAAUACCCCAAAAAUAGCUUAAAUCCAUCGACUCCUAUUAAUACUCAUUCCCCAUCCAACAGUCUUUUGCAAGAUCAAUGCCCUUACAACCAACCUCUCUACGCUAAUGCUCCGCCAAAACCAAAACGAUUGAACGAUGGAUUUUCUUCGCCCAGUCCCGACAUAAUAGAUAGACAAAACGUUCAAUACAUCGAAGCUAGAAGUAUGAGUAGAUCACCCAACCCCGUGUAUAGUAAAAACCCUAAUUACAAUUCCAAACACAGCAGAGAAUCGUUGCACGAAUUUCAAAGAAUUCAUGAUGUUGAGAGGCGAACCCCGGAGACUUACGGCAGAUCCAAAUUGGACACUCGUCCAACUGAUUACGAAGAUAUUUAUGCUGAAGAAAGUAUGUACAAAAGGCCCCUUAGUCCUGUAGCUUAUAGUCAUGUUAUUAAAAGAAAUAAUCCUGCACCUAGCUACCCACCCCAUAGGUACACUCCUGUGAACAUGAUUGGUCCAGCGGAGUUGAUGCAAUACCCAGUUCCGCAAAUGAGAAAAACCCCAACCAUCAAUAUAGCCAGGCCUCACAGUGCAGAUUUUCUAGAAUACGAAUUAAAUCAUAAACCAGAAGACACUGCACACAUACACCAACGACCUCGGCCUAAGUCCAGCUUGGAUAUUAACAUCAAUGCCAAUGAUAACGAUUUUUAUUCACGAGAGAGAUACGCUGAAAAAAUGAGAAAGUCUGCGCAGUACUUGAAAUAUGGACCUCCUAAAUAUACUCCCAACGAAAAUCCACUUUGUAUUGGAUACGAAAACGUUUCGCCAUUCGUACCGGCUCAUUCACAUUUUUUAAACGUCAACAAAUCGCAGAUGAGUCAUAUUCAGAAGCCGCAACCGAUGAGGAGCAAAAGCGCUUUAAGUGAAAUUAAAGUAGAUCCAAACAGAUAUAUGGAAAGGGAGUUGGUCAGUCCAGAUUUUUCGAAGCAAGGUUACGGCAGCAGGUAUAGAAGUCAGGAUUAUGAUCAAUUUACGAGAUCGGCCAGCGCUCGAUUAGCUCAACAAGGGGAAAGGGUUCCGCCACCGGACAGAAUGGUUCACAGAGACGGCGAAAGGAAGAGAGAAGAAUCCAUGAGAAGGUUACUUGAGUGGAAGCAACGCAUGUUGCAAUCACCUUUGAAUAGAAAAAUACAAGGAAACGUAGCCUAUCGUGGGAAGACUGAUAUUUAUAACAAUAAUGAAAUGGGAUAUAAAUUAUCCAAGCAUAGCAAAUACAAUAAUGAAGCUUACAUGGAUGAUUUCCAUUCUAAGAGUUCUACUCAGUAUAAUAGUUAUUCAUCUGAUGAUGAAGAAAAUAAGAAGAGCAGCAAGAAAAUUGUUCAGUCACAGGCAGGACGGACCUCGGACACAUUUGCCAGUAACUGUGAGUCUCCUACACCCGCACAACCCCUUUCUACCACUGUACUUAGUACCACCACAGACCCUGCAAAGCCAACAUUUCACUUUAACUUGCAUGACACACCCUACUCAAACGUAAUAGAAAAGCUUUUAGUUUCUACUUGUCAAGAUGGCUCUCAGAAGCCACUUAAGACAUUUAGCAAAAAGGAUCUAAACCAACUGUCUAAUAUUUCAUCGGAACUUGCUGAACAAAUUUCUACGUCUAUCGCUAAUUUUGAUACUCAGAACAGUGCUAGAUCCGUUUUGUCUAACACAAAUAAGGAUAUUGACAAAGAGACUAAAUAUAAAGAAGAAAAUAUUGCCAUAGAAGAAAAUUAUAUGCCAAUGUCUCCGAGUAAAAGAGUAUCAGGACUGGGAAUUGGUUAUGACAGCAUAAUCGAAGCAUUAGGAGAUAAUGUUAAAAUGGACGAAAAUCAUUAUGUAGAAAUGACACAAAAUGCUGUCGGUUCUUUUUUAUCAUCUAGUUUUAAUAAUAAUUUAAAUGGAGAGCAACAUAACAUGCAAGUUUUUAAUGAUGACAAAUUAGAACCUCUCUACGUGGAACUUAGAUGUCCAUCAGAACCUACAAACGAGGAUGAUUUUUCCGGUAUUUUAAUAACGCCUGAAACAAAACCGGGACCGAAAUCUGAUAGUUCUGAUGCUGACGAUGAAGCAUCUAAAGAUUUAGAUUCCUUAGACACGCCUAGCCAACCAAGAUUUAGUUUAUCAGACACUUUCAGACCAGCUUCGUAUUAUUUAGGAACGAGCCAAGCCAACGCUGAUCUCCAGGAUAGCUCUGAUAGCGAAUUGGUUUCUCCACCUCCAAUUCCUGCAUCACCACCUCCAUUAGAUGAUAUUAACAGUGUAAGUGAAUGUAGUUACACGAAUUUGAAAUUAAAAGAAGAAACUUCUGAUAAUAAAGACAAUUCUCUAAGUAAUUCUUCUUUAAACACUUAUUCAAAAAAGGAAAGUAUAGUGAGCAGUCCAAAGAGGAGAUGUUUUGACAAAGAGUUAAAUUAUAACAGUGCCUUUUCUAGUAAUAACCAUUCUGAUGAUGAUACAAAAGCCGAAGAUAACUCUGUCAAUGAAAAAGAUGCUCAAAUAGACACAUACAUCGCGAGUCAAUGUCCAAACAGCUUAUAUCAAGAAAAUAAUGCAGUGAGCUCCAAUCAGGAAAACUUUCCUGCUUAUGACUUUUUAGUACUCUCUCAAUAUGAGGAGAGCACUAGCUCGACCAUGACAAACAAAGAAUUCGUUGAAGAUGAAAAAGAUUUUCCUGACAUAGAAUUACAAGAAAUAUAUGUAUCUGAAACUUCAACAGAUAUAAAUAAUAUGAUACAAAAUUCAAGUAGAUCAGCAUCCGUUACUAAUGAGUCUGUAUCGAUACCUAUAUCUAGCACUUUUUCAGCAUCAUCAGCUCCUUACUAUUACUCAGAUUUGUCGAUAACUAUGACAGAUUCUCAAACGUCGUUAUUGACUUUAAAUAAUCAAAGAAGCACGUUGAAAUGUAAAAGAGACAUUACUCACAUUAGAAAUCCUAUAAAGGGCAACUUAAGAGAUAUGUGUGACGAUACCACUCCAUUCAAGCUUGCUGCAGAAGCUAGAUCAGCGUCUGCAGAUUUCUUGAAUCUCACGGACAAACCGGGUCAUAUAGAUCAUAAAAAUAUUUACGAAUCUAAUAGUUCUCAACGUAUCUUAAAAGAUAAUAAUUCUGGAUUUCCCACUAGAAACCUAUUAUCGCUUAAACAAAACGAUAAGUUUAUAUUAGCAGAUUCACUUUCAACUGACACAACAGUAAGAAGGACGCAUUCUUUAGAAGGUCUGUUAGAGAACGUAUUAAAAGAUGGUCCUGGUUUAAUAUCCGAAACCAAAGAUAAUAUUGCGAAAACUCCAGAAAAUGCAUCAGAAGGUAGCUAUCUAUGGGAGGAGGAUUCAAUAUGGAGAGAAAGACUAAGAUCAGCAAGCCAGAGACACACCAAAUCUAUGGAGGAUUUAGAUACCUUAGGCGAGGGAGAUUCAAAAAGAAAGUUUAAGUCUCCAAGGGGAAUUACUCGGGGUGUUACAUACGUCAAUGAAAAUUAUAUGAAAUUAGAUAAACACCAACCAGAAACUGAAUGUUUGAAGACGGUAAAAACGCCGGAUAAUAAAAUUAAAAAAGACGGUAGUUUUAUAUUAGACAGAGAGAAAUUAAGACAGUGGGAUCUAAUGUCGAGCGCUCCAUCUGACAAUCAAGUGUCUACAUCUGUGGCUAGUCAGGUACCGGAUGGUAAUAACGUAGUGGUAGAAAUCUCGGAUGGAAAUUUCGAAUCAAGUGAAAUAGUCACAGAUCAACAAACAGCAUCUGGUUCAAUCUCCAUAAAUCCACGAGACCCUGUACAGUUAAGUACUUUUCCCAGAGCGGUAUCAGCUCAAAAGACUUGGAUUCCGUCAAACUUACCAGUAGAGUCCCAUUCGGUGACGAACCUGCCAAGAAACUGUGAAAAAGACUUUAGUUCACCUAAUCCAAGAAUCUAUUACUCAAAUCAAUCGUCUAGUCAUCCUAACUUAACGCCUGCGAGAAAGGAAAAUUGGCCCGUUAAUGAAAAAGUAAGCGUUUCUGCUGGUGAAUUGCUUGGUAGAACUCAUGAAGAACUAGUGUUGCUGUUAAUACAGUUGCGCAGACAGAGUUCACAAACGUUACAAGCCAUCGAAAACUGUUAUAAUGAAUUUGAUAUGAUUCAGGCCCAAUUAUAUGCGAUGGAUCAAACGAGACGAAUGGAAAAUUUACAAAAACUUGAACAAAUUAAACAGCAUUUACUGGAACUUGAAAAACAGUAUGAAAAAGGGAAACCACUAGUAAAUUUGGUAGACAACAUGGUUAAGUUAGGGUCCCUUUAUCGAGUCCCUCAAGAAAGAAGUAAUGUCAGCCAUCAUAUCAAAGACAGAAUCGAAUUUAACCAGCAAAUUCAAGAACGUAGACUUCUUGCUGAAGAAAAAAGAGAAUGGAACAGACUAAAUACAAAUCACUUUCAGCUGCAAGAAAAAGUUCAACAAUUAUACAUGCUCGAUAGAUUAAUUCAUGAAGAAUCUGGAACCCUUCAGAAUCUGCAACAAGACAAAGAAGAUAUUGAACGAGCGUUGGGAGGUUUAAGGCAUCGACUUAGCAAAGGAUUUAAAGAUCCAGGUGAAAUUGAACUUGCGCGAAAACAACAGAUCAUGCUCGAAAAUGAACUGAUUAGAGUGCAUUUCAUGUUGGCACAAAAUUCGAAAAAGUUAGAAGAAACGGUAUCUGGAAACGCCAAGUUGGAGCAAGAACUGAUGGUUUUGAAGCAAAAAUUACAACAAAGUACUCCCAUGCAAAGUUCACCACAGUAUUCUAAUCCAGGUGACAGUCUAACUUGUACAGCAGGCAAUAGUCCAGAGUUGGAAUCCAAUUUGCAUCAAGUUAAAAAAAAAAUCGGCGAACUCCAACAACAAAGACACAAAUUAAGUUUGCAAGUGCGGCAACUCACAGAUAGAUCGUCCAACUUAACCCAACCAAAAUUUCCAACGAAUGAUAUUCAAAAUAACGGCAUACACAAAAAGAGAAUACAAUCAUUAUGGAGAGAAACAGAUUUAGAUACAAUGUCGAUUACCGAUCACGGAGAAUACGACUGUAAUUCACCCCGCAUAAAAUCCAGUCCUUUGUACAUAAAUACCAAUUACAGACACGAUGAUUAUGAUUUUUAUCAGGACAGCAAUUCUAAUCAUUCUGUAAGUGAUAACAAUUUAGUGAUUUCGACUCCUCAAGAAAAGCAGGAGAUUAAAACCGUUAGAAUAGUGAAAAGAGAGUCUGAGAAACGUCAAAGAGACAGAGAAAAAUCGAUACCUCCUGGAAAAUGGGACUCAUUACAAGAAGAAGAUAGUUCAUCUGAUAAUUGUAAUAUUUUUAAAUCCCCACCAAGCCAUAUAAUCCAAAGUACACCAUCCCUUGCAUCUUCUACAGAAGAUAUAAAUGGACUAGCAGCAGUAGCAAACAACUCAAUAUCAAGUCCCAAUUUAUGCGAUUUUGAAGAAAAACAAGAAGCUAACUUCAGCACUAGCACGGAGAAAUCUCAUGACAUAUCACCUGUGUUUAAAAGUGAAGCAGCCCGACAAAUAAUCACCGAAAUGUCGAUACAACAAACGCCGAAACAGACGAAUAGAAGAGCUGUUCCAAAAGAAAAGCGAAGACAUUAUACUGCCCCACAUGAUCAGUCGAUUCUUCAAAGCAUCCAGCAACUACCCAGCGACAUGGAUGCAUUUGACAAACACGGCAUCAACAGCAGAAGAGCUAGAGACGAUUUAGACAUGGAACGCGCGCUUAGACAAAGAAUCGAUGCUCCUGAUGUUGUCAGAUCAACACUGAUCAAUACUGAACUUAAAUAUAAUGAAAGAACUAUCGAUGAUCUUUUGGGAACGCCUAGCAAAAUUAAUAUUCCCGAAAGGUACAUUCCAGAACAACUGCCUCAAUUGUCGGUAGAAGAGCAAGAGUACAGAUUGAGGAAAGUCGAGUCGAUUAAAAAGAUGCUGUCCGAUACCACUUUCAUAAGCACAAGUUCUACGAAUUUAAGUGGAGAUAAUCAAGAAACUGCUAAAACUCCUACUACGAAAAUAGUAAAUAAAACAACAACAAAGAUUUAUGAUGAGAAAAAACAAAGAGAACAUUUACUUCAGCUCAAUCAAAUUCUAGCUAAACAAGUAAUGGAAAUGAGCAAAAUCGUAGCAGGUAUCAGUAGUUCAGAAGAAAAAUAAUGUACCUAAGUUUCUUAUCAUUUGCUGCUUGUUAAAGAAAAAGCAACUGCCAGAUUAUCCAAUCAGAAGGACCAGAUAAGUGCAGAAGAGGAGGAUUUAUCGCCUUUAACACCUUUGCCUCUUUAUCAACAGCGUGAUAAUUUUUACACUUAAUGUUAAAUUAUAAAAAUAUAAAUUAAAGAAAAUAGUAGUUAUUUAUUAUGUGCUAAAGUACAAGUUAAAAAGUAAAAUAUUUGUUGUAUUUGAUUUUGUAUUUUAUUAUUAAUUUAUGUAGUCAUAAAGAUAAUUUUAAUUACCAAUUAAAAACUUUGUGCCUGACAAUAAAGUUAUUGUUUUAAUUUAAAAUUCGGUUUUCUUUUUUUUGCUAAAAAUUAUAUUUAUUUCUUGCUCGGUAACCUUAUCUGCUUUUAUAGAGGCGUUCAAUAAUGUAAGCAGGUAAGAAUUAACAAUCACAUCAACAA